CCAUCAUAGGAGAAUAAUUCAAGCCAAGAGAAAAAAAAUGACUUGAUAUUCCAAAAUCAAUUAUCUUCACUCUUCCAGUUUUGUCAAGAAGUAAAUUUUCAGUCUUCACAUCUCUAUGAGCAAUCUUUUCUGAAUGAAGAUAAUAGAUGAAGAUGCAUACAUACCCUUUAACAACAUCGAUUGCAAGCUGAAGAAUAGUAUCCAAAGUUUUUACUCUUCGAAAUAGAGUCAAAUUUGCAGAUAACAAAUGGUAAAAGUCAAGUUCAAAUAGCAGAGAAAAGGUUCAGGUUCAAUUAAGAAUAUUAAAGUGAAGAGCAGGGAAAAUCGAAGCAAAUCAAAGAUCAACUACAUUAAUAUUCACAUAAUUUCUAAUGACAAAUUCUACAGUUAUCCUUGAAGAACACUUAUGGAAGGCACUAGAUUUUGCAACUCUUACACAAAGUUCUGUUUCUUUCUUUGACGUUGAAAAGACAGAGACAACAGUUUCGCGCUGGGUACGAGCUCAAAUCCGGGCUUCAAAGAUUGGAAAGGGCUUGUCAAAGAAUGAGAAAGCUCAAAAACUAGCUAUCAAGACCUGGUUAGAAGCUAUAGAUCCAAGACAUCGAUAUGGUGUAAACCUAAAUCGUUAUCAUGAUGUGUGGUGCAACAGUGGAAGUUUACAACCAUUUUUCUACUGGUUAGAUAUUGGUGAUGGAACAGAAGUUGUUGUGGAGCAAUGUUCAAGGAGUGAUCUACAGUCCCAAUGUAUCAAGUAUCUUGGACCAAAAGAGAGGGAAGCUUAUGAAGUAAUUGUGAAGAAUGGAAAGCUUAUUUACAAGAAAAAUGGUGUUUGUGUGGACACAAUUGAGGGUACCAAAUGGAUUUUUGUGCUCAGUACCUCAAGGACCUUAUAUGUUGGGCAGAAGCAAACACACCAUUUUCACCACUCUAGUUUUCUAGCUGGAGCUGCUUCUCUAUCAUCUGGAAGAUUGGUCGUCUCUAACGGAAAUCUCAAGGCAAUAUGGGCAUACAGUGGUCAUUAUAGACCAACGGAAGAACAUUUUGAGGAGAUAAUAAGUUUUCUUCAGGACCACCAUGUUGACCUCACCAAUGUUAAGAAAUUCGCGAUAGAUAAUGACGUAGCACCCGACAAGUUAAAAAUAUCAAAUGAAUCAAAAGAUGAUGGCACCAAAUAAAAUAGAAAAUUUGAAUAGAUCAUUUUUAUCGAAUGCGAGCACCUUCAUGUAAACAACUAAUAGGGAAAUUAUAAUAGAAGUGUUCUUUAUCAAUCAUCGUCUACAUCAUAAAAAAUUUCUAACAAAAAAAAUAGGA